GCUGCUGGAGAGAGAGAGAGAGAGAGAGAGAGAGAAAGAGAGAGAGAGGAGGGGAGACGCGCACACACGGAGGGAGGGAGGGAGAGAGAGGAAGCGAGACACAAACACGCCGGGGGAGACGCAGAGAGGUGCGGAGAACAGCGGAGAACGUUCCCAACAACACGGGGCCAACUGCUCGGCGCGCGGGGGUACUCCGUCGCGGGGCGUCCGCGGGCUGCUCCCCCCCCCCCCCAGAAUGCUCCACUGUGCCCCCGGCUCAUUUCUGCGGUAGGCUACUCGAACCGGCCCCCCCCCCCCCCCCGCCCCCCGCGGGCGCCGACAGCCCAGAUGCUCGCCCUCUCCGCCGACAUGGACGAGUCCUCGUCGCUGCUGGAUCUGCUGGAGUGCUCGGUGUGCCUGGAGCGCCUGGACACCACGGCCCGGGUGCUGCCGUGCCAGCACACCUUCUGCCGCCGCUGCCUGGAGAACAUCGUCAGCUCGCGGAACGAGCUCCGCUGCCCGGAGUGCCGCAUCCUGGUGGACUGCGGGGUGGACGACCUGCCCGCCAACAUCCUGCUGGUGCGCCUCCUGGACGGCAUCAGGCAGCGGCCGCAGCGAGGCAGCGGAGGAGGAGGAGGAGGAGUGGGAGCGGGCGGCAGGCUGUCCCUGGUCGCCGGCGGCUCGCUGCACGGAUACGCAGCCGGGCUCUCCGCUUCUCCCCCGGGCAGUGCGGUCAGAGAGCUGCCCGUCGCCACCCGGAGCUCCCCUGUGAAGAACAUCCCAGCGCUGCCUUGCGGUAAGGCCCUCUACUCCUACGAGGGAAAAGAACCGGGCGAUCUCCAAUUUUCCAAGGGGGACAUCAUCAUCCUGCGACGCAAGGUGGACGACAACUGGUACCAUGGCGAGCUCAAUGGUUGCCACGGUUUCCUGCCUGCGAGUUACAUCCAGCUGUUGCGUCCCCUGAGCCAGACUCCGCCCCAGGGCAAAGCACUGUACGACUUUGAGGUGAAAGACAAGGACCAGGACAAAGACUGUCUGGCCUUCAGCAAGGAUGACGUACUGACGGUAAUCAGGCGAGUGGACGAGAACUGGGCAGAGGGCAUGCUGGGAGACAAGAUUGGAAUCUUCCCUAUUCUCUACGUGGAGUUAAACGAAACGGCCAAGCAGUUAAUGGAAAUCGACAAGCCUCCGCCAACGAGCGUCCCGGGUCCCAGCUCUGAGCCGGCCCCGUUGGGGCCCUGCUCUCCUGGGCCCUCCCCCAUUGCCUCCCCGUCGAAUGGGAACGGCUCUGGCCAUCGGAGGGGCGAAGGAAAGAAGAACGCCAAGAAGCGACAUUCGUUUUCAGCGCUGUCUGUCAGCCAGAGGGCCGCCCAACUCAACAACAGGCACAGCAUGGAGAUCUCCCACCCGGUGCUCAUCAGUUCCUCUGACCCCAGAGCUGCUGCACGCAUCCAGGAUGCAUAUCCCCCUGGUCCCUCCCCCUCCUCGGCAGGGGUACUGGUGCCCCCCAAAGUGGCAUCCAUCACCUCUGAGCUGCUGGCCCAUGCCAAGGUGCAGCUGCCACUCAACAUAUAUCUGGCUCUUUAUGCCUACAAGCCCCAAAAGGCUGACGAGCUUGAACUUAGGAAAGGGGAGAUGUAUCGGGUGACAGAGAAGUGUCAGGACGGAUGGUUCAAAGGCACCUCACUGAGAACAGCUGCCUCCGGUGUCUUCCCAGGAAAUUAUGUCACCCCCGUGUCCAGGGCUCCAUUUGGAGUGAGUGCUACUCGCGGCUCGUGUCUGUCCAGUCCGGUUGGCGGGAGCGGCUGCAGUCAGCUGGGGAGUAAAACCUCUGACCCUUCGUCCCCGGGCUCCCCGGGGCCUUCAUCGCCCCGUCCCUCCACCCCACUGGUAAACUCGGCCAACUCUAUUAACGCCGCCAGUCCCGCCUCCUCGCCACAAACUGCCGCCGCCCAGCUGAAGAACUGCCUGCGCUCUGGCCAACAUACGGCGAACCAGGCGCGCACCUCAAUGCAGCUGGUGCACAGUCCCCCUGCUGGAAGCCCAGAGCGCCCCGCGGUGGCCCUCUCCCCCCUGCGUCCCCAGAGCUCUUCCCCCUCGCGCUGCCCCGGCCAUUCGGGUCGUCCGCUCUCCAUGGUGUCCCCGGGACCCAGCCUGGGGCCCUCCCCCCUCUCUUCCCCCGCCUCGCGGCCCCUCCUCCCGCUCUCAUCCCCUCUCUCGUGUCUCACGCCUCCCAACGUGUCGGCGGUGCUCCUCAACGGCGAGCCAGCCAGUCCGCUGCAGCCACCGUCGCCGGGUCCCUCCCACGGCCCCACCCAGGGCGCCCUCGCACCCAAAGCAGAGAAGAAGGAGAGGAAAGCAGGAGGUUUAUUAAAGCUCUUGUCUGGGGCAGCGGCCAAGAAGAAACCUCGCUCGCCUCCCUCCUCCCCGCCCAACCACAACCCCUCACUGGUGGGCCAAGACCCCGCACACCAUCCUCACCACCAUCAUCACCAUGCCCGCUCAGGUUCCUGCCCAAUGGCGUCGCACGGGCGAGCCGGCUCCUGUCCAGUGGAGAGUGAGAUGGCAGGGGCUAUAGGGCUGGAGCCGCUGCACAGAAAGUCCGGGUCCCUGGAUACCAACUUCCCCUUGUCGCCCCCGGCAACACGCGCUGGCAACCCUCUGAUGGUCCUCCGGCCUGAACCCAAACCCCUGUCCAGAGAGAGGUAUCGCGUGGUGGUGCCCUACCCGCCGCAGAGCGAGGCCGAGAUCGAGCUGCGGGAAGGCGACGUGGUGUUCGUCCAUAAGAAGCGGGAGGACGGCUGGUACAAGGGCACGCUGCAGCGGACGGGACAGACCGGCCUGUUUCCCAGCAGCUUUGUCGAGAUCUUCUGAACUGGAGAAAAAAGGGUGGUCAGAGAGAACGCACACUGGUCCAGUUUCCUGAGUCACAAAAAAAGACACAAGACAUGCUUCCAGGUCCCACAGCUGCAGUCACACACAAACGGUUGGGCCGAUAUUGGAUUUCCAGAGUUGUACUUUUGGAUCAGAAAUGGAUAGUGACCAGCAAAACCAGCUGUGUAAAUAUGCCUUAAAAAGCCGCUAGCCAUAAAAAAAAAUGUAAAAAGUGAAAUAGUCUGGAUUUCAAUGGGGAAUUUUUGUUUCACAUGAAAUUCUCAGAAUAAUCUGCUAUUACACACUGGAUUUAAAUUAAAUCAGAUUUAAUAGAGUAAACAACUCAAAUCGGUCCAACUUCCCUCUCACACACACACAGCCACAAAAACACACACACACACGCACAUUCACAGGAAAGCUAGCCCCGGCUUCGACCAGCCCAGCGACAGAGGAAGCAGGACAGCUGUUCCAGUCAUCCUCCCCGGCGACAGCGUCUUGGUCCGACUCAUCGUGCGGGCCCCUGAUGUUGACUACUGAAGUCACACACACACACACACACACACACACACACUCUCAAAGAGCACAGAAAGACGAACCCUGCCUCCCAGCUCUCCUCCCUGGCAUCAUCCACCAGCAACCACUAGCACAAAAAGCAUCAGCUCUGCUUUUCCACUGAGACCUCAGAACUUCGAUUCGGGUGCUGUCUUUGUUUCGAAAUGGAAAGUGUAAAGCGUGUGUGAGCCCACGCACACACGCACACACGCACACACACACACACACACCAGGAUCAUGGUAAGCACAUAUCUGUGUCAAGUUUGUGGCAACAAGCACAUGUGUUUCUUUGCCGUAUUUGUUAAUGCAUGUAGCAUUUUUAUAUGUUUUUUGGGUUUUUUUGGUAUAUGUGGAAAUAGAUGUUUGUGUUGUCCCAAGCUAGCCAUGCUGUGAUGACCUGUCACGGGAUUUUUCAUUUCAAAAAUAUUGUUGAAAAACGUUAAACAUGAAUUAGGUGAUUGAUCUUUCUAUUUAUAUAUCUUCUACAAAUUUAUAUGACCAUUUUUUUUAAAAAUUCACAUUUGUCCUUCAUAGACCUCUCACAGCUGCAUUGAACCGAACCAACGGGUUUGCUGAAUGUACACGGAAAGAGAAAAUUUAUGCCAAAACGCUUUUAACAAUUGAUUUGUAUUUACAGAGUUGUGUUUUGAUCUUCUGAAUGGGAUUAGAGACAAAGAAAUGCACUUGAUAAUGUCUGAUACAACUUGCCAAUAUAUCUACAUAUACAGUAUUUUACACACGUAUUACUUGACAAAAGGGAUUUCCGUUGCAACUAGUCGGAGCGAGCGUAAUAUUUCUUUUAGCACAAAUCGCUUUGGUCGGGGGGAAAAAAUUUCAACACUUCCCAGUAAACAGCAACAGGAAUUUUUUUUUUUUUCUGCAGCCUUUUGUUGAGAUACUGUUAAAAGUUUUUUUUGUCGGACAGCAGCAAUAUUGUGAGACGAAACGUGUGCAGUUUUGAUGCUCGUGAAAGAAUGUACAGGCGGAGAAACACCCGUGAAUCAGAGGGCAGGGGCACAACUUUUUCAUCGAACAACCGCCAAACCUGGACAUCUUUUCCUCUGAUCAUUUCAACCUUUAACGAGUAUUUUUGUACUGCUUCAGUCGGUGUUAACGUCGGUCUGCUUUGUGAAUUUCUACGAUCCUGAGUGUGGAUUCAGGCUUUGUCUAGUUUACAUCCACCCCACAACCAUCUACCUUUUUUCCCCCGUUUCUGGAGAUAGAAGCACAGCGAAACUUGACUUGCUCAGAGCGUGUGUGUGUGUGUGUGUGUGUGCACGCGCGUGUGUGUACGCGCGUGUGUGUCAUGUAUCAGUGAAGAACACAGUUACAAUGCUCAAGUGGCUUUCCUCACCUGAUUGGAAAAAUAAACUGGGCCAGAUGAAACUGCCACUUGCCCUGCGCACAAAGUGAUGCUCUAAUUGGAUCGUAACAAGGGGCCUGCGUCACAAAGCAAGUUCAACAUAUCCAGGAUAUCAUUCGCCGUGAGAACCUGUACUACGAAGCCGGUAAUCAACUGUCUCAGUUAACCCUGGGUGUUCCAGCUACGAGUGCGUUCACGUAGAAGAUGAGUUAAUUACAAGCAAGGUCGUCUUAAAUAAUCUAUGUUCAAUUAAAAAUGAAGCGAUAAUAUUUAUUAGCCGAAAUAGUAUUUAUUUCUCAUGAAAAAGUCUAAUUCAUAAGGAGCUCUGUUUUUUAAAACUGGAGUGCGACUCAUGAACAGUCUGGAACAGACAUGAAUAUCUGCUGCUCUUUAUUAUCUGUCACUUUACUCAUCAUUACAUCUUUUGUCCCUGUCAGGAUCAUGUAGAACGAUGACCUUCUGGGUUUCCAGUGAUCUGAUUGGUCAGUAGCUGGGCCAUUUACAGGUUUUAAUCACAAACCUGACCUGCUGCGGAAGCAGGUUGGCGGUUCAGCAUAUGUUGCCAUGGUGAAGAGAAUCAGCUUCCUUUUUGCCCCAAAAAAGAAGAGAAUCAGCUUCCUUAGGAUGGAAAACUCAGAUUCAAACCUGAAAUGACCUUGAUAACCGCAAAUCCUGCUCCGUAGUACAGGCCCCAGAAGCAAGAGGCAGCAUAACACUUCAGACUAGAACUUAAAGGGAGAGAAAAAAAAGCACAUGCAAUUUGUACUUGUUUGUUUUGCCACCAUUAGAUUGUGAAGGAAAGUGAACAAAAACAUGGCGGCAGGGAGACAACUCUCACAGUGAAAUCACUCACAGUAAUUACAGAAAGAAACACGGUCUGCAGUCAUUUUCAGGUCACAGCAAAAACAUGUCAGUCAAACCCUUGUGCCUACAAAUGCCAAACACACACACACACACACACAAACAAACUGCAACUCACACAGCAGUCUGUCUUUCGUCUCAAUCUUCCGUCUUACCUCCUUCAUCUGCUUUGUUGGUGCAAUGAGCCUGCUGGUUGUUGUUGUUGUUGUUGUCGUCGUCGUCGUCGUCGUCGUCGUUGUUGUUUUCUCCUGCAGCUGCGAUCUGCUUGACUCAAUGAGUAAAAAAAAACAGCAGGUCCCAGAACAACUCUGCACAGAAGCCCGAGCAGACGUUCUUUAUCUGUUUAUCUGAGCGGGCUGAACAGAGAGGACUCUAACCUCGACUGAGUCAAACUUUUAAGCACAAGUCCUCAUUUGUGUCGGAGGCGAACGGGUCUCGACAGUGUUUCACUUGUCACAUGGUUGAUGCUGUGAGGAGGAGGAGGAGAGUUUACAAGAGUACAAAACAUCAGGAAUACAACCACUGCACAGUGGUCACUUUACAUGAAAUAACUUGAACCGCUGGUUUCACUGAUGCUUUCUUCUGUCUUUAUUUUCGUGACGUGAGCUUGUCUUUCCGCUUCAGCUUCCUGGUUGUAAAUACCACUCGAGUGCUCAUCGGUGACGGCUUGGGAAAUGUGAACAAGCCAACAGGAGCGGUGGUGAUUCCCGCUUGACUUGAACGCAGCACGCCAGUUGUUUUAUUGUUCUUUUUUCAUUGGAUUUAUCAAAUUGCUGUCCACUCCCCUUUUGGAACAUCCUUCCAGGAAGCCUGAGCACUCGCCCGGCCAUCUUGAAUUAGAUUUCAGCCAUAUUUGUUCCUAUGGAUACGUGUGCGUGCGUGCUUGUGUGUGUGGGACGGGAGCCUCUGUAUGUAGCUCUUUACAGGGAAAAAAAAGGAACUUCAUCAAGAAGUUUGGUGUGGCGUGGACGCUCAUGCCUCAUCAAGUCUCGGAGUUGAUGGGUUUUGAGUGCAGUGGUGCAGCAGGAGAGAGAACGAAGAAGAAGAAGAAAAAAUAAAGUAUAAAUAUAUAAUUCUAUAUUGUGCAGAAUAUUUAUAGGCCUUUUGUGCCAUUGAAGUCAUUCUCUGCGUUGACCGUGCCCGGCGCUCUCUACCAUGUGAUCAUUACACACAUCGUCUUGUACUGAUGACCCGUGGUGGAUUUGAUUGUUUUUUCAUGUUCAAGUGCAUUUUUCGCAAUAAAUGCCUUUUGUUUUAAA